AUUGUCCCAUACCAAACUCCAUAGAGAAAAUCUGUGUUUUUAGCUCGCGGGGACACAGGUGCUACUAGUCCACUGCUGCCUCGUGUGGUCAGUUUGUGCCACUGAGGUAAAUCUGAUUUGGUUAAAUCUGUUUGUGGUUAAAAUAAGUAAAAUAAGUAAAUAAGUAAAAAGGAAAGUCCAAACAGACAUUUUGAAGCUUAGGUGUUAAAGGGUUAAUGUUCCCGUUAGAAAAGGCCGUCUAACUGUAAAAUAAAUUGGUGAACAUAAUAAGACAUCGUAGACUUAAGCUGACCUCAAUUUUUUUAGUCAUUCUCUUGUUAAGUGGAUAAAAUCUCUUUAUUUUUACAGUUGUGUUACUGCACAGUAGGUUUGUGUGUGUAAGCAGACACUCGCUUCCAUAGCAACCACAGCUAUUAGCAGUCAGUGUGUGUGUGUGGUACAGGUGACACACACUGUUGUGUCGGUAUUAACUUGCCCUAAAGCAAAAUAAACAAAUGAAUGACUGAUCCAUGAAAAUUGAAGAGAUUAAACAUGUGCCAGUGAAAAGGUAGAGGCAGAAAAGAAGGAGUGUGUGUGUUUUGUGCGUAUGUGUGUGUGUGUGUGGUACAAGUGACACACACUGUUGUGUCGGUGUUAACUUGCCCUAAAGCAAAAUAUACAAACGAUUGACUGAUCCAUGAAAAUUAAAGAGAUCAAACGUGACAGUAAAAAAGCAGAGUAAAGACGGAGUGUGUGUGUGAAAGAGUAAAGUUUAAAGAAUGGUGGAGGAUUAUCAGGUUUUUCUCUGAUGAAACUCUGAACCACAAACUGACUGAUCUGCUCCGACUUAAAGUCACAGUCUAGACAUGGAUCCAUCUCUUCCUUCGUCUCUUCCUCCUCCCUCCUCUUCAGUUUUUUUUAAAUCCCUCCAUCCUCCCUACACUCUCUCUAUCGCUCUCUCCUUCAUUUGUCCGUCUCCGUCUGAAGACAUGUCCGCAGCACUGUGCGUCCCCCUGCUCGUCUUUGUGGCGCUGACUCAUGCUCGCUCCGUCUUCACUGGACCAGAGUUUGAGAUUCCAGAGAUUGAUGGUUCCGCGGUGGACGACAUCUGCGGGAUUUUCUCCGGCCGUAGCCCUGACCACGCCCCUGACCCCGCUCCUGUCCCUGCCGCUAUCACCACCACAACAAUGAAAGCAGCCACACCCCCACCCCCACCCCCACCAGUCACCAGAAAGCCGCCACUGAAGAAACCACCACCAAUCAGGCCUCAGCCAGCGGCAGCACAACCAAUCACAAACAGCCAUUCCAACAGUGCAGCCCGCCUCCUGCACUACCUCCUGACCAGCAGAGGGCAUACUGGUGCCAGAUUCAGCAGCUUCGUAUCUCGGCCAAUAAGAGGGCAGCGUCAUGGUGGACGAAGUGUGGGUUCGUCUUCGGAGGAGGACUCCAGUGAAGAGUCUUGAUGACAUCAUCUUAUUACGUUUUGUUUUUUUGUUGUACUUUUUUAUGGUUUGAUGUUGUUGUUUUGUUGUUUA